AUGGUCCUGCUGUUUCACGGUGCGAACAAAGACGCGUGGGACGGCUGUGGGCAGACGGCUUUGCAGAUUGCCGCCACAUAUGGUGAAGCAGCUGUUGUGAACCUGCUGUUGCGGUUGGAGGCGGACCGGUCUGCUGCCAGCUAUGCUAGGCUGCCGCACCACAUCACAGAAGCUGCCAGUGGUUGUCUGCAUAUACCAGUUGUCGAGGUGCCACUGUGUAGCACUGUUUGUUGCGAGUACAAGGAUGAGAUCUCAGACGGGAAGAGAGAUGCGGCAAAGCCACAGGCACCUGCAGAGACGUGUAAGCCCCCUCUCCUUAAGGAGGCUUGUGAAGACCAGUCAGUCCAGGGUUUUACAUUGGAGGAUGGCAGAUGUCACAAAGGGGGGACACAUGAAGCUGCCAAGUAUGGAAACUUGGCUGAACUGUUCGAGAUCCUGCAACAUGGAAUGGACAUCAACAGCCGGUGUGAAAAUGGCUACACUGCAAUUCACAGAAAGGCAAAGUGUGGCGACACCUCAGCUGUAAACUGGCUGCUGGAGUCAGGUGCCAAUGUCACUGUGUGGGGUGACUGGCAGCAGACUACCCUCCACGUAGCAGCAGCAUACGGCAGACAGGGUGUCGUGAUGGUCCUGCUGUUUCACGGUGCGGACAAAGACGCGUGGGACGGCUGUGGGCAGACUGCUUUGCAGAUUGCCGCCACAUGUGGUGAAGCAGCUGUCGUAAACCUGCUGUUGUGGUUGGGGACAGACCGGUCUGCUGCCGGCUACGCUAGGCUGCUGUACCACAUCGCAGAAGCUGCCAGUGGUUGUUUGCACGUACCAGUUGUCGAGGCAGCCACUGUGGAGCACUUCGUCAGUUGCGAGUACACGGACGAGGUCCCAGACGGGAAGAGAAAUGCGGCAAAGCCACAGGCACCUGCAGAGACGUGUAAGCCCCCUCUCCUUAAGGAGGCUUGUGAAGACCAGAGUCCAGGGUUUUACACUGGAGGACGUGGCAGAGUAGUCCUAUUCUUAGAUAUUGAAUUAGUGUUGUACAACAGCACUUGGCAGUGCAAGGGUGUUACUCACGAGAUUGUAACAGGUGAGUAUGUGGUCAGGUCUCUGCCCGUGAAGAAGCACAUUACUGAUUAG